AAAUAUAAAUAGUGUGUGACAAAUGGAUGCACCUAGUGGAAAAACAUGUAAAUUAUUUUUAAAAAAAUAUCCAACAUUAUAUUUUUUAAUGAUUAGUCAACUUUUGAGCUGUGAACAUAGCUCAGAUGGGAGUCCUUUUCCCAGCUUUCCAUUCAAACUUGGCUGCACCCAAAAUUUCCUCUCCCAUUCUUUCCCCUUGGCAGAACCCAUAUUUACACAUGCAUCAAAUUCAACUUCUCUGAUCAGCAACACCAAAAGGAGAAUGGACAUUCUUUUGCUUUCCAUUUCUCUCUCUCUCUUCUCUCUCUUCAUCUUCUUCCACUUUCUGCUGCGACCCUAUCGUCGAAACCUCCCACCGAGCCCAUUCUUUCGCCUUCCCCUAAUCGGCCAUCUCCAUCUCGUCAAACAUCCUGUCCAUCGAACGCUUCACAAGCUCUCGCACAACUAUGGCCAUGUCUUCUCUCUCCGAUACGGCUCACGCCUUGUCGUAGUUGUGUCAUCUCCUUCUGCUGUGCAAGAAUGCUUUACGAAGAACGAUAUCGUUCUCGCUAAUCGGCCGUUGUUGAAGAGCGGCAAGUUUCUAGCAUACAACCACACCACCUUGGCGGUCUCCCCUUACGGCGAACAUUGGCGUAACCUUCGUCGAAUCAGCACUCUCGAGAUUUUCUCGACGAGUCGCCUUAAUCUCUUCUUGGGAAUUCGAGAGGACGAAGUCAAAAACUUGUUGCGUAAAUUGCGCGGUGACUCGCUGCAAGAAUUUAGAGCGGUCGAGCUGGACUCGAUGUUGUUAGAUCAUACGUUCAACAUUGUUGUGAGAAUGAUUGCGGGAAAGAAGUAUUAUGGAGAGGACUUGAGGGAUGAGGGGCAAUCGAAGAAAUUUAGGGAGAUGGUGAAAGAAAUUCUUGCAAAUGGUGGGACAGCAAAUUUGGGAGACUUUGUACCCUUAUGGAAUUGGAUUGAUCCAACUGGAUAUGAGAAGAGGAUAAUGAAGAUUGGAGAGAGAUCUGAUGAACUCCUUCAAGAAUUGGUUGAUGAGAUUAGGAAUCAAAAGGAUGGAGGAAACACCAUGAUUGACCAUUUGCUUAGCUUGCAAAACACCCAACCUGAAUAUUUUAGUGACCAAAUUAUCAAAGGUCUUGCACAAAUUCUAUUAUUAGCGGGAAUCGACACGGCAGCUAUAACGUUAGAAUGGGCCCUAUCUCAACUACUCAACAAUCCUGAGGUGUUGAAGAAAGCAAGAGCUGAGAUAGAUCAUUUUAUUGGCGAAGAUCGUCUGGUUAGCGAAGGUGAUUUGUCGAGUUUGAGUUACUUGCAAGGGGUAAUCACUGAGACCCUGCGAUUGAACCCAGCAGCUCCUUUGCUCGUGCCACACUGCGCCUCUGAAGACUGCAAAAUAGAAGGCUAUGAUAUACCGCGUGAUACUAUUAUAUUGAUCAAUGCUUGGGCUAUUCAUAGAGACUCGAAUAUAUGGGAAGAUGCCACUAGUUUCAAGCCUGAAAGACAUGCAAACACUAUGGGAGGAGUUGAUUCAUACAAAUUGUUACCAUUUGGGCUGGGGAGGAGAGCCUGCCCAGGAAUGGGAAUGGCACAGCGUGUGGUUGGCUUGACUUUGGCAUCAUUGAUUCAAUGUUUUGAAUGGGAAAGAGUGAACAGUUCAUUGGUUGACAUGACUGAAGGUGAAGGGCUCACUAUGCCCAAAGCUCAACCAUUAGUAGCCAAGUGUAAACCACGUCCAAUCUUGAAAGCUAUUCUUGGUGUUGGUGGCACAAUUCAUAAUAUUUGAAAACAAACUUUGAAAUUUAGGAUUCAAGUCAGCGAAACCUUGCUAUAUAUGUAAAAUAGAAAAACUUGGUUGUAAUAAAGUUAAGGUUUAAA